ACGGCCAGGCCAAAGAAAAAAAAAGCCCACAUGAGAAAAUUUCGGUGCAUUAUAUUUUCUGUUGCGUCGACGCAGAAUCGAGAGCUUUUGUGUCUUCGAGUCGAGAGCGCAAAGGUGCCGUGACGUGGAAUCACGUGAGUUUGCGUUCACUGCCGUUCCCGUUGUAUUUGUCGUGGGUGUUGGGCGCACGAUAGAUACUCGGUUGUGGUCACUCACCGUGCUUGCGGCUGGCGGCUUGUGUAGCUUCGCAUACGCUCUCUUGUUGUUGGGUUCCUCAUCAACAUCGACGUCGACGUGUACACAUUCGUGGUAGCAACUGGUAUCUGGAACCGAUAAACGCACAAAAGGGGUACCUAUAUCUCGCUACCAGCAUCUCCGUGUCCGACGCCCUUACUCGACCCAUCACCUCCACCUCCACACCCCAACAACAUCAAAAUGGAAUGUCCACCGCCACAACUACUCUUCCCCGCCCUACCCCCCGAACUCCGCAAUGAAGUCUACACGCACCUCUCCACAGGCUCUCCCUCGACGCCCCCAACCACCGCCGGCAUCCCCCUGCAGCUUAAAACCCACGUCUGCAAGCACACGCGCGUGCAAAUCAGCGCCGUGCACCACGGCUGCGCAGCUCUACUCGCCCUCCCCGUGCAGGAAGCGCGCGAGUACAGCGCACACCUCCUCUCGCAGGUGGAGCUGCGCAUCGGGAUUGUGUUCAGGGGGCGGGGCCAGACGUUUGUGCAAAGCGACUGGGACGCGCGGAUGGCGGCGCAUUUGAAAAAGUUGGCCAAGCGGUAUCGGUGGCUGGAGAAGGUUGCUAGGUACGAGGUUCAUGUGUUAUGGGAUGCGGCGGAUGGGGUGCUGCGGAGUAAGGGGGGGAAGAGAACUGUGGGGGGCGUUGUGAGGGGGAUGGUGAGGACGGUUACGGGACUUAAGGGUGGGGAUGUGAGGGGGAGGAGGGGCGAUUUGAGGGUUUGUCUGAGGGUUGAGGAUUGGAUUGCGGUUGAGCGUGCACGGUCGGGGGUGAGCCUUGGGCUGGGAGAUUUUCUUGUGGAAGAGCAGGGGUGGGAUGGGCAGCGGAGGGAGGUGUGGAUGGAGUCUCGUUCGGAGAAAAUCAACGAGGCUGGCUGUGGAGAGUUUGUACCGGUCCCAUCUGAGAAUAGGGAAGAGAAAGCAUUGCUGGUUGCUGAAGGAGAGUCGGUAGACUGGAUGAGUCUGGGAAAGGCGAAGUUGGUGAUGAGGAAAGAUGUUGAGCCGGGGAAUUCGGUUGAGGUGACCCUUGGAGACACAAGUGACGAGAGAGGCGCAGAUACUAGUGUUGUUCUGCGAGCGCUCGUAGAGGAGUGCAUGGGGAGAGGGUGAUGUUCAAACAUGUCAAAAUUCAAAAGAUCAUACCAUGCU